AUGCUCGCUGCGACUAUCGCUUUCAUUGUCUGCUGCAUUGUCGUCUCUUCCUCCAGUACUGCAAAGUCUCCAACCCCCAAGACGGCUUCCUCACACUUUGUGAGCUCGACCGGUGCUGCUUUGGAGAGUGGCAGGCUCUUGAGAGCCAGCGUGGUCGGCCAUCGGAGCAGUAACUACGAAGAGAGAGCGAACGCUUUUUCGAAGGCCUACUACGAGAAGCUGCUGGAGUUUCUGUCAAUACUGACCGGAAAAAAGAAGGCGCCGGUUGAUUUGACCGGAACCUACCCGUCUUCUCCGAAGGCCGACAAACUGACAAGGUCUAAGUCAUUUCCGGAUGAGAAAGCUGCGUCGCCGAAGUUGACGAGAUCCCAAACGUACUCGACUGAGACAGUUGACUGGGAUGGCGCCAUUAAAGCAGCGGGGAACAUUAAAGUUAUGUCCAGAAAACCGAAGCGUUGUUUCUUAUGUGGGCCAGAGAAGUACGUGAUCUAUUCUUGA